CGCCCACUCAACCUCGUUCCUCCAUCAACAUUUGUUGACGGCCCAACCAUGAAAGACGAGGACAACAACAGUGGCAGCGAGCACGACCCUCCUCCCACUCGCAUCUCUUGCGUCGAGUGCCGGAGGCUCAAGCGCAAGUGUGACCGCCUGCAGCCGUGCAAUCAAUGCAAGCGGUACAGCAAGACAUGUGUCUUCCCCGAGCCCGAGGUGCCGAGGCGCGGCAAGAAGUACAUAGCGGAAAUGAGAGAUCGGAUGGCGCGGCUUGAGAGCCUCCUCGCCGAGCACGCGCCGCACCUCAACCUUGACGAGGCGGCCGGCAGCGACCCGGAUGGGGACCGCAAGCGCAAGAGCCGACCGUCCUCGCCUGGCGACAUCUACCGGCCACCCCCCUCGCUGCGCUCCCCAACUGGGCUGAAGCACACGCCCGGUUCAGCACACUCACACCACCCUGCCGUGUCACCUGCCUCAUCACAGGGGCUGUUUGAUCACGCGCCCCAGCCUGCCGCCGUCAACCUGCGCCCCCCACCAUCUUUAACCGCCAACGUGCCCAAUGGGCCGACGCCCGACGCGUACGAGCGCCAGCCAAGACAUGCCAGCGGGUACGAGUGGUGCGAGCGCCAUGCCAAUAAGGGCCAUGACGGCACCGCGAGUCUCAGCGUUGAGCCCGACAACCAAGGCUACCUUGGCUUCGCGAGCGGCGCCAGUCUCCUGCGCAUCUUGCAGAUCACGGCAGGCGGUGUCAGCCUCGCCAGUGUCGAUGAUGACGCGCCCGUUUCAGUUCCACCCCGCGACUGGAUCCCAACACAUCCCCAAGUCGUCGAGUGCAUCGACGCCUACUUCCAGCAUUACCACACGCAGUAUCCCAUCCUGCACGAGGCCACCUUCCGUGCCCAGUUCGCCGAGGUCAUUCCCAAGCCCGAUCCUUCACAAUGGGAACUCUUGCUCAACAUUGUCAUUGCCCUUGGCGCAUUCUGCGCGGGCAUGCCCAUGUACUUUGUUGACUACUUCCUUGAGCGCGCCGACGCUGUAAUCAAUGUCAGCCACCUCGAGACGGGGUCGCUCGUCCUGGUUCAGGCUUUCACUCUGCUCUCCAACAUCUCACAGAAGCGGAACAAGUCCAACUCGGGCAGCAUAUACUUGGGUAUCGCUGUGCGCAUGGCGAUUGGGCUAGGCUUGCACCGCGAGCUGCCAUUAUGGAACAUCAAACCCUUCGAGCGCGAAGUGCGACGACGAGUUUGGUGGGUCCUGUUCAUCUUCGAUGCCGGGGCAAGCAUCACCUUCGGCCGCCCGAUUCUCCUGCCGUAUGGCGAGGCAGAUGUCAAAAUGGUGCACAACGUCCAGGACAGGGACUUCACGCCUUCCUCACAUCAAGUUCCGCCCGCGACGCGCGAGACGACGGUCUACUCAUCUCUCAUCUAUCAGGCGUCUUUGGUGUUGAGCGGGAACCGAUGCUACACUAGAGUCAUUUCUACCCCUCCACCAGCCUCCAAGGACGUACUGGAACUCGAUGCCGAGCUCCGCCACUCGUACUCCGGUGUGCCGGCGUGGAUGAGCGCAGCAGCCACUGUCCAGAUGUUCAGCGACACCCCGUGGCUGUACUUUUCGGCUCACAAGCUGUUCUGGAGGUACUGCAACCUGCGUAUCAUCAUGGCGCGCCGCGCGUUCCUCGAACGUGCACUCAAGCGCCUACCGCUCAGCACGCGUGGGAGUCCGCCCGGGAAUGAGCCGCAAGCCGACUACAUUCUCUCGGACGUGUGUCUGUCGUGUGCAACGGACACGAUCGACGACAUCCAUCGGUUUUUCCAGGACCGUGUGGCUAAUACUCUCGAGAAGUGGUACGGGCUCCACUUCCUCUUCCAGGCAAGCUUUGUGCCCCUCAUCGCACUCCAUACGGACCCUGGCUCGCCCGACCACACAGCGUGGAGCGAGAGCAUUCGCUUGGCCACUGUGACUCUCCGUCAGUUCGCGGGCGACCCGCUCGCCGAUCGCUGCAUGCGCAUCCUUGACAUUCUCGCCCCACCAUCACAAGAAGCCGAUGCAAACAACGAGGUCAGCUCGCUGUUUGAAUUCUUCCAGACCAACCCCAUGUGGGCCGACACCCCAGAGCUCGCAGGCGAGCUCAUGCCUUUUGCCGACUUUAGCACACUCAUGGCUUUCUUCCCGCCCACCCAGGGGCUAUAAUCAUCUAUGGCGUUGGACAAUUAGUUUUCGCGUGCAUAUUUUGGGAUUGUGCAGGGACGCGGAGGUGGCACUGAUGUUCAAGGCCGAGUGGUAAUGAUACUUCACGUCACUUGUUUAUUGACGCGUUCCUUGACGUGAGAAGCAGUGCUGAACGCAGAUAGUUAUCACACAAGACAAUUGGGCCUCAUACUUGGGCGCGUACGCUUCUCGGCAUCCUCAAACCAGCGGCGCCGCGAUGCGCCUUUGUUACUCAGGGCGAACUCAUCGAAGAGCAGCAGGCCCUCUCCAAAUGAAGCGGUUUAUCUCAUGCAGCUCAUGCAUCUGCGG